UUUGUUCCUUUUUUUUUCAAAAAAAAAAAAUUGUGACAUUUAUGGAGACUAGUAAUAAGAGAUGUUUAGCUGAAGAUGAUGAUAAAAAUUGUACUAAAAAUCUCAACAACAGUGUUGAUCCAACUCUUCCUAUUGAAAAGGUUGGUGAAUCAAGUGAAAUAGUAGAGGAACUGCAACUUUCUGAACGACAAAUGCAGCAAAAUUUACUUCUGGAAGUACCUGAAAGAACAAUCGAUGGACAAACAGAAGAUUUUGUUAGGAUAGACAUGUCCCCAUCAUCAAUUCAAACUCCUAAAAGAGUGCUUUUUUCACCGUCACCGAGCCCUAGCCAUGUUAGAGUAAAUGAAUCUCCAGGUCCCUCGUUAUCGAGGGCUAAGUCGUCCAUUAAGUCUCUCCUCCCUAAAUUAAGUUUCAAAUUCCGGAAUCGGACGGCGGAUAUUGAAAAGGCUGCAAUGUUAGCUCUUGGAGCCUCUCCUCCGACGCAGGACAAGUACUCAAUUUUCAGGACUCUAUCCGUUAAAAGAAUUUUCAAUCCGAAGAUGAAAAGAACUUCAUCAUUGCCUGUAACUCCAAUUGAACACUCUAAUCCUGAAUCAACACAUGGUGGCUACGGAAAUGCAGCAUUUGAUUCAUUUAAAGCAGGAGUGCAUCCCAUACCUCGCUCACAUUCAGUGCCGGAACUGAUCAAAGAUGGGAUGUUAAAACAGAUGGAUUACAUAGGGAGUAGUAUCUAUCGUGUAGUCCCCUCUACUCCUCGCGUGACAAGACAUGAUGCAUCAUCAUUAAAUGCAAAUCCAACUCUUAGCGCAGAUGAAAACACUAAUUUUGGUGAAGACAUCACUCAAGAAGAUGCUGUUUGCAGAAUCUGCUUCGUUGAACUUGGUGAAGGUUCGGAAACUCUGAAGAUGGAAUGUAGCUGUAAAGGUGAACUAGCCUUAGCUCAUCAAGAAUGUGCUAUAAAAUGGUUUAGCAUAAAAGGCAACAAGAUUUGUGAUGUCUGUAAUGAAGAGGUUCGAAAUUUACCUGUCACUCUUUUGCGGAUUCAAAGUACUAAUCAUAGAGGAAGUGGAGCUCAAGUUCAAUCUGCCCGAUACAGGGUUUGGCAGGAUGUUCCUGUUCUAGUCAUUGUCAGCAUGCUUGCCUACUUUUGUUUUCUGGAGCAGCUUUUGGUUACCAGAAUGGGGUCCGGCGCGAUCGCUAUAUCUCUGCCCUUUUCAUGCAUCUUGGGUCUCCUUGCAUCCAUGACAGCAACAACUAUGGUACAAAGGCGAUUUGCCUGGGUUUAUGCUGUUAUUCAGUUUGCCUUGGUGGUUCUGUUUGCUCAUUUGUUCUACUCACUGCUUCGAGUGCAGGCAGUUCUAUCUGUUCUUCUUGCCACCUUUGCGGGUUUUGGAGGUGUAAUGUGUGGGACUUCUAUUCUUCUUGAGCUUUUCAAAUGGAGGACGAGAUGGAAUUCUCGGUCAAAUGAGCAACGUGAUUCUGAAGAAGGGGCGCGGCCAAAUCAAUCAUCAGAAGUUAGUCCUACGCCUCAGGUAGAAAGCCAAACGCAUGGAGCUGAAGCUGGUACUUCUGGAGUUGCUCAUGGAAAUUGACAUAGUAUCAAGAUCCAAAGGAGAAUAAUUUCUGUCUCUUGUAAGCAAAUGAUUGGAGUGUAUAGCUGGUCAUUGCAAGUCAUAACUGUACAGUUUUGAAUUACAUCAAAGCUCUCGUUCGAGCUUCAGAAUUCUAAACCAGAACUCGAGACUUGAAAUGAAUCCAAGUGGAGGAUCUUUCUCAGGGUUAAGGAAUGGUAGGCAAAAGACAAGCCGUUCAUUGUUCCAUUAGAUAGGCAGUGCAUGAAAGGAAACUGAAAUAAUGUAUGUACCAGGAUGUUACAAGGAUCUGUUCUCCACCUCAUUUUCUGUUACAAUAUUUGAUCUUGUAUCUUUCCUCUUACUUUUCUGUUUAAUUGCUUGCCACAUCUUUGUUCAUAUGUUACAGUUCACUAGUAUUUUCCCUA